CCCUAAAGCCGCAAGCCCAUGUUCGGCGCAACGCAUAAAAGCGUCGCUUCCUCUCUUUUCUGUUGUUUCUUUUGCUUACUGGAAUUCAGGUCCUGGGUGGUUAUCUUUCUUUAUGCAGCUUAGGCACGUUAGAUCUUAAUUAAGGCCAAUCGCAGGCCCACCGGGGCUGCAUUUGGUCCGAAUGUCGGGGAGUUUUGGAGUCGCAGCUGUCAGGGCAGCCUGGUCCAGCGGACUGAAUAUUGAUAGCACAGAUCCCGUCAGCAUUCAAGAGGCUAUUGAUCAGCUUGAUCAAUUCCAAAACCAGGUCCGAGUUCAGCUGUUCUAUCUGCUUCAACGCCUAGCGACUCAGCCAGGAGAGGGUCUUGAUGAUGCACUUGGGCAGAUAGCGGCCAAUGCGGAGAAGGUCAUCGCUGAGAGCCCGGAAGCGAGCAUUCUUCCCCACAUCGCCACAUACCGUGACAUCGUGCAACGCAUUCAGCAGCUGGGUUCGGAGAUCAGCCGCAAGCACGCGGAGGAGGAUGUGCAGCGGCAGGUGGCGGAGUUCGAGGAGCGGCUGCGGGCAGGCAGCCUCGCGGAUGCCGCCUACUGCUGCGUGCGACUGGCCAAGAUGGCUGAGGACGCGGAGGAGGAGCUGGCAGCGCAGGAGGCACGACAACAGCAGCAGCAGGAACAGCAGGGGCGGCAGCUGAAAAGCAGCAACGACAGCGGAGGAGGCGAGGCGGGUGGCGGGCAGGGUGGUGCGGAGGCAGCUACUGCCGGGGGUGCUGUUGCUCCGCGCGUGACGGCGGAGGCUGUGGCGCUGCUGCAGGAAACGGCGGAGCGGUGCGGGGCUAGGCUGCGGGAGCUGGUUGACGCCUGCUGCGCGGAGGCUGUGUCGCUGCAGGUGGGGCCGCAGGGGGGCACACUGCUGGUGCGCUCGCUGCUCAGGGUGGCGGGGGGCAGCGGUGGCAGCGGCAGCAACAGCAGCAGCGGUGGUGGCCCCAGCCAAGGUGGCGGCCCCAGCGGCGACGGCGGUGUGCGGGUGUCUGAGCUGUUCAGUGCGCUGCAGCUGCUGGGGCUGCAGGAGCAGUACUGGGGGCGCAUGACGGCCCGGCUGGUGGGCGGUGCCCUAGAAGCCAUGCUAGCCGCGCCCUGCCGUGUCACCGUCACCCCCGCACCGCAGCCCGGCGCACCCGCCACCCUCACAUGGAAACCCGUGCAGCCGCCAGCAACAACAACAACUGCAGCAGCAACUGCAGCAGCUGCUGCUGGUGGCAGCGGUGGUGGUAGCAGCAGCAGCGGUGGUGGCGCCCCGUGUGAUCCGGAGCACUGCUGCCAGCACCUGCUGCGGCUGCUGGCCACAUGGCUCAUGGAGUUCGAUGAGGGCCUGAUGGAGGUGUUGGGUGCGCCGCUGUGGCGUGCCGCCGCCGACUGCUACAUCGCGCGAGUGGCGCGUCCCUUCAUCUCCGCCAACCCCGAGGACGUGGAGGGGUGCGAGGCGCUGGUGGCGGCGGCGACUGACCUGGAGGCCAUGGCGGAGAACCUCAACUUCGCCAGCGGGGAGGAGCCCUACCUCGCUCCCGCGGUGGAGGCGCUAGCCCGUCACGCGCUGUCCAGCCGGCAGGAGCUCUACCUGCAGCGGGCGCGGGG